AUGCAAAUUGCGCCAAUGGCUGUUCGAAUUGGGCGAGUUUCAAAUGCUUCUCUCAAUGUACAAAAUAGUUCAUAUUUGUUAUAUACACAAUUGAAUAUCAAUCAAUGUAUAUGCACUGCAAUCUUAUUAUACAAUUCUACAUUACUUGCUUUAAAUUAUUUUUCCUCGAAUCAAUCUUGUCAAGUUAUUCUUCUGCCGAUUUCUUCGUAUGGGAUAGUGUCUUCUGCAAAUUCAACAUUAAUCAUAUUUCAAACAUUACCGAAUCGAUGUUGUUCUGAUUUAUCAUUCGUUUUAAAAAGUAUCCAACUUGCCCAACAACCAGCAUCAAUAUCGAUCACCCAGCCAGUAUUUCUUUCGAUUAGCCCAGCAAAUAAUCUCUUGUCUGUUAUGUCUUACUAUGGUUCACGAACGUUAUUCAAUCGUAGCAAUCUAAAUGUUAGUGUUGGCGUCACGUCAGUUGGUUCUCAAUGUGCCAUUGCAGCACAAAGCGAAAAUCUCUUCGUGUCAAGCUGUGAUACUCCACAUUCUAUUCGAAUCUAUAAUGAUACAAUAUAUGGUUCUCAAUUGUUAUAUGUUCUCAAUGCAACGUACAACGUUCGACAAGUAGUUUUUACUCGAAAUUACACAUGGCUAUUGGUCAUUAAUCAAUAUUUAAAAGUCGUUCAAUUCUAUGCAAUGGAUUUACAAACGAAUAUGUUCAUAUAUAAUUAUUCCAUUCCAAUUCCAUACGCGAUCUCCUGGUCUUUAACAAGGUAUAAUGAUACAUUGAUCUAUUUAUGUUUUUGGGAGUUUGGAAUACCUGUUUAUAUCCUUUCGUUGAACAAUUCAGUAUGGGCAGUUUCAAAUUUGCCACAAACAAAGCCCUCUAGUUCACAAGUAGUCGCCCAAGUAGCUUUCGAUUCCUGUAAUCGUCUCUGGACGGUUGUCUAUGGCUAUGGAAUCAAAAUUUACGAUCUCAUGGGACAAACUCUACUUGCCAGUUGGUCAUCAGUAUCAACUACACUUAGUACACUUUUAAUACUUGAUAACUACGAGAUAUUCUUGGGUGAUUAUGACAAUAAUUAUAUUUUACACUACACUCCUAACUUGCAGUGCACAUUGUAA